UGGCAAUAAUAUUGAUGUGAACUAUGAGUAAAUGGGUGUGUGUGAGGAAUGUUUCAUAGUACACCACAGGAGCAAAUGGCAUGUUUCUCAAUCGUUUUCCAAAAACAUGAAUGAAAAUUUUUGCAUUAGUAGUAGUGUGGGGGAGCCACCGAGAAAAAACCCAAAGAAAAAUUCCCAAUGAAAAAAAUCACCUGGGCCCCACUGUGGACUUAGCAGCGCUCCGGGAGUUUCGUGACAAAGUGCCGUGUGUGAUGAAAGACGGUGUUCUCAUGAGAAAUUGCCCUUUUUCCCCGACCCAGUGACUCUGGCGGAGUGUUUCUUUCUCAACAACGCAAAAUUGUUCCCCGAGGGUUCUCUCUAGCGGAAGAAGAUUACUUCAACGCCAAGUACUUGACGCAGCACACGGGUCUCUAUGUGAAAAAAAGAAGAGUUACGAGAUCGGCGGAAUCCGCGAGAGUGUGUGGCCACCCUCUCCAGUAGUCUCCACAGUACAGUAGUUUAGUUGACGAGGAGUGAAGAAAAGUGUGUGGCAAAUAUUCAUUUUGUGCCACAAGAAGAGACUUUGUGUUGCGAAGAUGCCUAAAGUGGCGAGGAAGUGCCCCUGACAUCGGUUUGAAAGACAUCAAGAAGCACUCAUCAGGGGGGGCAGACUGCGAUUUUCCGGAGGGAAUAUGCAAAUGACACACUCACAGUGGCUCCCAUCACGAAUGGAGUCGCCAUUUUGGUGAAUUUAUUUACAUAUUUCCGACAAGAAAAUCCAUUAAACUCCAUUUGCUGCUCUUCCUCGGCAGGAUUGGAAGAUUAAUCAGUUGGACGACGCCUGAAGGAGAUUAAUAAGUUUCCGAUAUCCUUUUUCGACACGGACACAACUGUGUAAGAAGACAAGAACAAAACAAACAAAAAAAAGUGCACAAUAUAUCGCAAUUGUAGCCGUCAUUUUUGCUGAGCACACUUCACAUAAAUGCAUCGCAAUAAUAAUAUAGUGUGGCAGAUCUCUUCAUCAUCAACAAAUAGUUGAGUUUCGUUGGACACCAUCGAAAGUUGUGUAUGUGUGUUGUUGUGAGAUCUUUUUCUCUUUUGAUAUCAAAAAUCUCCCCCUCUUCUCAACUACUCUCGAAGCGAUAUUGUCCUCCCGCGCUGUAGGGAGUGACGAUUGGCGAAGAAAGUGUAUUACAUACAAAAUACAUAACACUCAUAAUAUAAUCUGUUAAAGACACAACUAGAGCAGCGGCGAUAGAAAGGACGCCGUGGACACCGUGUCAGUUGUGUGCAAUAGUAGCGAGAGUUUUAUAAUUAAUAAUAAAAUACGGAAUAAAAUCAAGAAAGAAAAAGAUAAAGCAAAAGCAAGGACGUCCGAAUGGUGCAUUGACGAGGAAAUCUGUAAAAAAAAAGAAAAUCUGUUGCUGUGGGAAAGAUAGUUGUGCUGUAAUAUCCUGUGAAUGUGUCACUGAGAGUUAAAGCAAAAAUAGUUUUGUGCGAAAUAAUUUCGAGAAACGAAAGAAGAACAUUUACUCCAAGAAAAAACAAAGUGAAAGAGUGAAGAAAUUUAUUCGAUUCUUGAUAUUUUUCGUUUAUCAUAGACGCACGUUUAAUUGUUUUCAAACAAACAAAGAGAAAAAGUAAGAAAAAAAUUGUGUCCUUUAUCCCUUUUUUAUUCUUUCUAUCAUUCACAAACAAAAAUCCUUCCCAAAAAAAAGUUGUUUGCAAAUAGCAAGAAAAAAAAGUCCAACCACCACAAAAAUCACAAAAUUGUCGUUCAAAUAAGUGUCACAUAUGUAAAAAAGAAAGAAAAAAAAAACAAUUUCUGUGUGUGUCCAAAGCAAAAUCCUCUUAACUGUUGCUCUAUAUUAUAUUUUUUCGUGUUGAUAGUAAAGAAAAAAAAUUAAAGAAAAAAAUAUAAUAAAUAAUAACCUAACAAUAACGUUAUUGCGAAAAAAAAUAUCAAUAUCAAUCGCACGGAAAAAUGUCGUCGGGAACAUUUGUUGAUCGAAUUGAUCCAUUUGCAAAACGAUCGCUCAAGAAGAAAAGCAAAAAGUCUCAGGGAUCGUCGAGAUAUCGGAAUUCUCAGGAUGUAGAGCUACAGCAACUUCCACAAUUGAAAGUGGAUUGCUCGAGUAUGGAGCAGGAGGAGCUUUUUAUACGAAAGUUGCGGCAAUGUUGUGUGUCCUUUGACUUUAUGGAUCCCGUGGCGGAUUUGAAGGGGAAGGAAAUCAAAAGAGCCGCCCUCAAUGAUCUGUCCACAUACAUUAUCCAUGGCAGAGGUGUCCUGACAGAGGCUGUGUAUCCAGAAAUUAUACGAAUGAUUUCGUGUAAUUUGUUUCGUACACUGCCACCAAGUGAGAAUCCAGACUUUGAUCCGGAAGAGGACGAUCCAACAUUAGAAGCAUCUUGGCCACAUCUUCAGUUGGUCUAUGAGGUCUUCUUGCGAUUUCUCGAAUCACAAGAUUUUCAAGCGACUAUUGGGAAGAAAGUGAUUGAUCAAAAGUUUGUUCUUCAACUACUUGAGCUAUUUGAUUCAGAAGAUCCACGAGAGCGUGAUUUUUUAAAGACGGUUCUCCAUCGAAUUUACGGGAAAUUUCUAGGACUGCGAGCAUUCAUCAGGAAACAAAUAAAUAACAUAUUUUUGCGCUUUAUUUAUGAAACAGAACAUUUCAAUGGGGUCGGUGAAUUACUGGAAAUACUGGGAAGCAUUAUCAAUGGAUUCGCUUUGCCGUUGAAGGCUGAGCAUAAACAAUUUUUAGUGAAAGUACUACUGCCACUCCAUAAGGUGAAGUGCUUAUCACUGUACCAUGCACAGCUGGCGUACUGUGUGGUUCAGUUUCUGGAAAAGGAUGCCUCACUCACGGAACCAGUGGUUCGGGGUUUAUUGAAAUUUUGGCCAAAGACCUGCUCGCAGAAGGAAGUGAUGUUUCUCGGUGAAAUUGAAGAGAUUCUCGAUGUCAUAGAACCACCACAAUUUGUCAAGAUUCAAGAGCCACUCUUUCGACAGAUUGCUAAAUGUGUUUCCAGUCCACAUUUUCAAGUUGCAGAGAGAGCGUUAUAUUUCUGGAACAAUGAAUAUGCAAUGUCGCUAAUUGAGGAAAAUAAUGCUGUCAUAAUGCCAAUAAUGUUUCCGGCACUGUACCGGAUCAGCAAAGAGCACUGGAAUCAGACGAUUGUGGCUCUAGUCUAUAAUGUACUAAAGACUUUCAUGGAAAUGAAUUCGAAGCUAUUUGAUGAGCUAACGGCAAGCUAUAAAGCUGAACGACAGAAGGAGAAGAAACGAGAGCGGGAACGUGAAGAGUUGUGGAAGAAGUUGCAUGAAUUGGAGAAUAAUCGUUCAAGUAGUAAAACAUCACUGAAGAGUGAUGCAAACAGUGAAUUGCUCACACAGCAAACAAACAAUAUGACGGGAAAUUUAAGUAAUGCCACAAAUUCAACACUAAUGUCAUCGUUAUCGGGCAAUGCGCCAUCAUCGGGAGGUACUGGGGUAUCUGACAAGGUGUCCGCCACAUCAGGUGGGUCGAGUGUCUCAUCGGCCACCAAUUCACUAACAUCGGCAGCGAGCAAGUGAUGCACUGAUUGACCUUAAUAUAAUCAUAAAUCACAUACUUCUAGUUCACAUGAUGUUACUGCUAAUGCUCCCAGUAAUAGGAAGAAGACAAAAUCAUUUCUGCAUAGAAUCAUAUAACAAAUUUUACCAUAAAUUAAAGAAGAAAAAAAAAUGAAAAAUCUACUCCAAAAUUCGCUCACACAUUGUUUCCUUUUCUUUUGAAAAAAAAAAUUAUAAAUAUAUUAACAAAAAAAAUUAAAUACAAAACAAAAUAAAGUCGACAGCAUAUUCAAGGAUUUAUCCCCAAAAUAAAUAGUAAAAAACAAUAAAUUAAUAAAGCGUUGAAAAAAACUAAAACAAAAAUAGUAAUUUCAGGAGUGGAAACAUACAACAGGUGACUAUUGAAUUUCGCUUGUGAAAUGCCGAAAUAUUAGAUAAAAAAAAGAAAUAUCUCUAGUGCUACACGAUAAAACAUUAAUACAAAAAAAAAGAAAAUAUAAUUUAAAUAAAAAAAAAUUAGCGAGAAAGUGAAAAAAGUAACAAUAAGUGAAUGAAAAAUAUUAAAAAAGAAUGAAAGUAAAAAAAAUAUUACCUGCUGCUGUCGUCUCAUUCAAUAAUUAGCCCAAUAUUAUCGAUAUAAAUGAUGAAAAAAAAAAGAAUAAAUCAUAAAAAAUAACAAAACAUUAAUGCAUAAAAUAACAAAGAGAAAAAUAAAAGGUUUUAGAUGAUUAUAUUGUCGUGACAGAAUGAAUAAAAAAUAUGGAACAUAAUGUAAAUGUUAGGGUAACCAUAAGUAACAUAUAGAAGAAGAAAAAAAAUGAGAAAAAGAGCAAAAAAAAUUGAGAUGACAAAAUAUCUUCAUUUUAUUAUUUUACUUAAAAAAGCAAACCCAAAAAUUAGUUUUUUUUUGUUUUUCUUUGCCGUAAAAUUGACUUUUGAUAAGAAGAUUUAAAAAUAAUAAACAAAAAGUAAUGGACAAAAUAUCAAAGGUGAUAGAAAGUUGUGUAUGCUAGAAAAAUAAAAAAAAAAUCACACGCAUGUAUUUCAAUUUUUAAACAAGAUAAUGAUGAAGAAAAAAUGCAAAAAUAGUUGUUAAGUCAGCAAUACUAUAGGAGGAAGCUCCCCACUGCUUUCUUAGUAAUGAUGACUCAAAUAUUCAAAUGUAUUUUUUAAAAGAAAAUGAAAGUGAAAGAAAUAAUUUUAUACGGCUAGUCAUAGGGUGGAUGAGGUAAAAAAAAAAACAGAGAGAGAGUUAAACGUCGUAGGGUGCAGUUUUAAUGUGAAAUAAUCCCCCAAAAUAAUAUUCUUUCUUAAAAAAAAAAAAAACUAAAUAAAAUAAAUCUAAAACCAUCCCAUCCCAUUUCGUGGCUUUACGGGGAAGUAAAUUUGUAAAGAAAAAAAAUCUAUAGAAAUGAUUUUGAGAAUAUUUGACAAGAUAAAAUAUUUUAAAUGGAUUUUCUUAAACGCUUUUUAUAUUUAAUAUGAAAAUGUGUAAAUAAAAAUUGUAUACUAACUCUUUUUCAUUUCGGACUUAAAAAACAGUUGACAAAAAGAAUUUUUUUCGAGACUUUGAGGAAAACACGUAAUAAUUUUGAAACUUUUGAGGAAUUUUUUGAUUUAUUACGGUCAUUUUGAUUUUCUUUUGCUUAAGAUUUAAUUAGAAUUUCUUUCAAUCUAAAUUCCCUAAAUUAUUUUAAACACGUUGAUUUUUUUUUAAACCGGAGAACUUUCCAAUAAACAUUACACAUACAAUAUGAAGGAAAAGUAAUAAUUCAAUGAAUCAAAUGAACAUUUUCCAGUGAUCAGACUUUCUGUUCAGAAAUUUUAUCAUUGAGUAUCUAUACGAUAAAGUUUUAUUAGGUAGCGUAAAAUUUUUACAACUAAUUUUUCAAAAUUAUAAGUGAAAGGCAAUAAACGCUAAUUGUUGCAAAAGUUUUAAUUCUUUCACCUAAAGUUUCUAGUUUUUCUUCCAAACCAUAUGCUCAAACCGGAGUAUUUUAAUUCAAUGAAAAUACUACUUAUUAUUAUAUCUCUAAAUUAGUAAAAGUUUGCAAAAUUAAAUAUUCUCUCAUGUAUUCGUUGGAAAAAUUAAUAUUUUCCUUUCAAAUGAAGAUGAAAGUGUUUUCCCCCAAAGCAAUCCCCAUAUCCAUGAUUCUCUAAUUUUCCAUUAAAUACAAAAUCUAUAAAGAAGAAAAAAUCAUAAGUAAUCGGAAAAAAGUAGAGUAGUAUUCAUAAAAUGACUACAUGAAAAUUAGCGUUUAAGGAUAUUGUUGUUUUGUUUGACAAAAGUUAGAAUUAAACAAAAAAUGAAGAAAUUAGAUGGAAUCCAAAAAAUAACCGAUAAAAAAUAUAAUAUUAAAAAAAUUAUUUUUUAAUUUUCACAAAACACUAUUUUUGCGUAAAAAUAUUUCAAUAAAAAAUAAUAGAAAUUGGUUGAUCAAGUGAAUGCCAAGGAAAAAAAAACAUUUUUGUAUUUUAGUAUUUUUGAUAUAGAAAAUCGAUAGAUUCUUCUUUUUAAAUAAAUAAAAACAUCUAAUAAUUUUGUGACUGAAAUUUAGAAAUAUAUUAUAAAAAAUGGAAAAGAACAAAUUUAUAAAAGAAAAAAUUCCAUUUUCGCAAUUUAGGCGAAAAUUUGGGAUAGAAUGUAAGUCAAACUAGCAACACACACACACACACAUUUAGGUCACUAAAUAAAAAAAAAGAAGAAUUUUGAAAAAUAAAAAAUAAUCACAUGAUGGAAAGAAAAUAAGAAUUUUUAAACUGACUGUUCGUUUCGUUUUGUUUUCUCUAUAAAAAAAAAGAUAAUUUUUUUUAAUAAAGAGAAUCAAUUUAUUUACAUUUUAUUUUCACAUCUUAUUUAUUUAACUGUAUAAUGAGCAAAGAGCUGGCGUUAAUUGUAGGGAUAAUUUUAAAGUUUAAAUGAUAAAAAAAGGUUUAAAAAAAUUAAAAAAUAAAGUGGCACACUCAAUAAUUUGCUAUUGAAUAAAAAUGAAAAAUAUUCAAAAAAAAAAAUAAUGGGUGAAUUAAUAAAAAAUAUUUACUGAAAAAAAGAAUUACGCUAAAAAAGGAAAAGAUAAGAAUUAGUGUGAAAGGGUGGGGCUACUUGAAUUCUGUAUAGAAGAACAUGUGACUUGUAUAAAAUAUUAAAAAAAAGUAAUUUAAGAUGAGAAAUUAAAGAGCAUACGUUAGAAAGUAGAUUUUGCUGAAAAAAAUAUUUUUCUGCAUUUUCUUUUCGUUUCUUUCAUGAAUUUCAGUUUCCGUGUCCGUUCACCAAAUGAACAAAAAUUAUAUUGUAAUAUGUAAAAUGAAGAUCACUCCUAAGAAGAAAAAAAUGAAGAAAAGAAAAAAAGCUAGACCUUAAAAAUAUUUGUAUAGUAAUUGAAUGAAAGAUAAAAAAAAAAGUUGAGGAGAAAGGAAGAAGAAAUAUAACCUAUUAUGAAAAAAAUGGUAAUGUAUCUAUAUUAUGUAACGCUGAUAUGAGAAAAAAAUAACUAAUUAUGUAUUUAAAGAAAAAAAUCAUAAAAAUCGUGAAAAAACUGAGAAAAAAUGGAUAAGUGGAAAAAAUAAAUAUAAAAGAAUGUUUUGUAAAUUUCUAAGAAUUUUUAAAACUUGUUAACUUCAAAUUAAUGCAAGAAAAAAAUGUAACAAAAUUGUUUUCUCUUUAUUUUUUCCUUUCUUUUUCAUAGCUGAGACGAGUAUGUGGUGGUGAGGAGAAGAGGAAGAAAAAUGUGUAGAGAAAGAUAAAAAAAAAUGCGUAACAAAAUGAUUAAGAGAAUACCUUUGUUAAUAACUAAUAUUAAUCUAUUGCUACAUACAUAUAUAUUUUCUAUAUAAUUAAGUACCUCCACAUAACACCUAAAUUAAAAGAAAAUGAAAGAAAAAAAAGCAUAAUAGGCAGAGGAUCGGAGGAGAUUUAAAGAAGAAAAAAAAACGUGAGGGUGAGACAUAAAAUAAGAAAAUUAACAAUAAAAGAGCGAAAGAGAAAAUGUUGGAUAUGAGUAAACAUGAGCAUAAGUUAUAACAGAAAAAAAUGAUUUAUAAUUUUCUUGAAGAUUAAAAAUUGCAUCAAUGGAAAAUAAAAGAAAAUGCAUAUUUACGUGAAAUUAGAGGAAUCAUUUUAACGGCACCAACAUUAAUAUUUUCUUUUGAUGGAAAACAUGAUAAAACACGGGACAAAAUAUGAUAAAAAAAGAAUAAAUUGUGUGUUGAAUGAUGAUACAUAAGGAAAAAGAAUAUAAAUAUAUCUAUAUAUAAAAAAUAAAAAUAUUUAAAAGAA